CUAUCCUUGGAAUGGUGGUUGGCUUGUCUUCACCUUAUAUCUCCCUCUUCUCUCUAUCCUAUAUUCUCUUUUCUUUCUCUCCAUUUUCCCAUUUGUGAAGAACCCAAAUUCCUAGAAUUCCAGGAAUCAAAACCCAAUAUUUCAGCAAGAUUACAAUACUGACAACAAUCUAAAGGCACCCCAUCAAUUGAUUUCUCCUGCUACAUCAAUGGCUACUGAGCCGCCAGCACCACCAUCAGCAUUCUUCUUCAUCAUCUUGGUCACUAUGUUUGCUCUCACCCCAAUUGCCCACUCCAUUCCUUUCAUAGUUCUGCAUGGAAUUGGGGAUAAAUGCAGUAACCGAGGCAUCACACACUUCACUGAGCUUCUUGGCAACUGGUCCGGCUCUCAAGGAUAUUGCAUAGAAAUUGGAGAUGGAACAUGGGAUUCCUGGGUUCUGCCCCUUCUGGAACAGACUGCAAUUGUUUGUGAGAAGGUGAAGGAAAUGACUGAGCUUAGUGAGGGUUACAACAUAGUUGGACUUUCUCAGGGUAACGUGAUAGCUCGUGGAGUUAUUGAGUUUUGUGAUGGAGGACCUCCUGUUAAGAAUUUCAUAUCGCUUGGAGGUCCUCAUGCUGGUACAGCUUCCAUUCCACUUUGUGGAUCUGGUUUCAUAUGCAUUCUUGUGGACAAUUUAAUCAAGUCGGGGAUCUACAGUGACUAUGUUCAGGAACACUUGGCUCCCAGUGGUUAUCUUAAAAUCCCAACUGACAUUAUCAGCUAUCUAGAAGGGUGUAGGUUUCUUCCAAAGCUUAAUAACGAAAUCAUUGAUAAGAGAAACUCCACUUAUAAGGAGCGGUUUUCCAGCUUACAGAACUUGGUGUUGAUCAUGUUUGAUCAUGACACAAUUUUGAUACCCAAGGAAACCGCCUGGUUUGGGUAUUAUCCAGAUGGGUCAUUUUCUUCGGUUUUGCCAGCAAAUGAGACUGAGCUCUACACUGAGGACUGGAUCGGUCUGAAAACAUUGGAUGAAGCUGGAAAGGUUAAAUUCAUCAGUGUUCCAGGAAAUCAUCUGGCAAUCUCGCGAAGUGACAUGAAAACAUACAUGGUACCUUACUUGGAGGAUCAAGCAUCAACCCAGCCAGUGAUCAUAGAUUCUUCAUCUCAUAGAGGCUCCUCAUCAAUCCUUAAUUUUGUCGUGGAACUGGUUGGGCUCACUAAGAAUAGGCCUCUUCUGCUCACUGUGGACUAACUUAGCUGUAAAUUAAGGUCUUGUUUUUGGUCAUUCAGUAGUGAAAGUUGCUGUGAGCAUGAUGUUAAUACCAGUUACUUGAUUUGCAGCUCUAAUCCCUUGCCUCAGGACGACAGAACACGCUACUACUGCAUCCAUGAACAAAAAAACAAAAUGUAGACUUAUAUUAUGAUGAAACAACACAACAAUAAACCUAUUCUUCA